AGGGAUGAGCAGCAGGGAGACGAAAGCUUCUUGUAGCUGUGUCCAUAGCUGGGCACGUCUGCUCCACCUGCCGCAGCCACAUAGUACAGCUGGGUGAUGCACAUGCUGCGGGGAGUGAGCCACAACAGCAACUAAGGAACAUCAUCUUUUUCUGGAGAUAAUCAUACGCACAGGGGACUCCGUUUCUCUCGUGGGCCCUCUAUUAUUUAACUCUUGCUAGGAAGAUACAGCCGGAUGGUUUUUAACUCAAGAUUGGCAUCGUCCGUUGCCGCCACUUGUAUAGGUGACCACUGGAUCAUGGAUAAUGAAGAGACCUCAAAGAUGCAUCCCAGCUGAGAGCACAGUCAGAAGGUCAGGAGGCUCAGCCUUGGCAACCACUUGCUGGAUGUUAUGCCUGCUAGAAACACGUGUCAGGGCUCAGCCUAGGAGCGCUCCAUCCAGCCCCCCACCUCCAUGAUGCCAGAGAGAUCAAGCUGAGUGAAGGGUGCUGUGUCACUCCAUUCAGUAUAUGUAAUAAACCUGAAACCUACUGCCCCAUAUUCGUCCCUCUUUAAAGCUGUUAUUCCUCCAAAUGGAAAGUUCUCACUAAAAGUGGUGUCUCUCAUACAUAAAGACAUAUCUAUUCACAGAUCCUCCUGACUUAUUUCAGAUGUCUGCAGCAGAAAACUAUUCCUGAUUCUUCCAACGACAAGCAACAUUAUUCAAUGGAGGGUGAAAGUCAUAGCUAGCAUAGUUAUAAUAAAGUCAGCGGGGUAGUAACGCAGGAAGUGGAAGCUGGCCUUGGCUGCAAGAGGGUACCAGGCCACUUUCAAACAGUGGUUCAAGUGUGAAUAGUAGCUGGCUCAAUAAAUCAGUAGACACUAGUGUGUCACAGAAGGAUCGGGAAAAGGCAAGUCAAGGCAGGUGUGUAGAUUUAGAAUGUGCACACUUGCCCUUUACGUUGCAGAAAAAGCAUGCAGGCACCCUAUGGACCAGCCAACAACUACAGCUAAAAAAGAGCGGACAGAUAUCCAGUGACAUUAAAAGCUGGGAGUGACAGAAUUCCGAAUCUGAGACGGAACUAUGAUAGCAACUGGAGGAGUUAUAACUGGACUGGCAGCCUUGAAGAGGCAAGAUUCAGCCAGAUCACAGCAUCUUUUGUCUCGGCCUACUUCACCACCUCCAGAGAAGAAGCCUGUAAGACGGCGCCCAAGAGCUGAUGUAGUAAUUGUCAGGGGGAAAAUUCGUCUGUACUCUCCAUCUGGAUUCUUUCUUAUCUUGGGGGUCUUAAUAUCUGUAGCAGGUAUAGCAAUGGCUGUACUUGGCUACUGGCCUCAGAAGGAAGCAUUCUUAACCCCAGAGCUUACACUGGAAGUUAAUAAAACACAAAUACUUAGGGAAACUGGGAUGAUGGUAAAAUUUUUGGAGCAGCAUGUACAUUCAGAGAAAAUGAAAAUGUUGGGACCCUUUACUAUGGGUAUUGGUAUAUUUAUAUUUAUUUGCGCAAAUGCUAUCCUCCAUGAAAAUCGAGACAAAGAGACUAAAGUAAUUCAUAUGAGAGAUAUAUACUCAACUGUCAUAGAUGUUCACAGCAUGAGGAUCAAAGAACAAAAGCAUCUUAAUGGGGCAUACUCUGGCCUGUAUGGAGAAACAGAGUAUCGUCAUUCUGAUAACCCAUGUGCAUCUAAACUGGCUGCCAACACAAUUGCAUCCUUUCCUGGAAGCUAUAGAAGUUGCAGUUCUAUUGAGGAUGAAGACAGCAACCCUCGAAAAAGUAAAAGCUUUACACAUCUGCUGCCUCCCCUUCUUAUGGAACGUUCAGGCUCUGUAUUUGGCCUUCAUGGUCAUUCCAACAGGAUAGGGGAAGACAAAAACCUUAGCUCUAAAAAAUGUGAAACAAAAUCUAUAGUGUCAUCAUCGAUCAAUGCUUUCACACUGCCUGUUAUUAAACUGAAUAACUGUGUUAUCGAUGAACCAGAUAUUGAUAAUAUAACUGAAGACUUAGAAAUCAGUAGUAGCAGACCUAGGAAUGUGUCAAUGGAUUCAUUAUCUAUUCCACUGCCAGAUGACGGAAAUAGACCAUUUAAACCCACUAGUUCGCCUUUAUCACGAAGUUAUUCUAUUAUGGAACCAAUAAGAUGUGACUCUAUAGCACUAGCAUCUAAUAAUGGAAAACUUUUACCUCCAGGAGCUGAUAGAAAGCAAUUUGGAUCUAACACGUCCUUACAUGUUUUAUCUUCACAUUCCAAAUCUUUAGACUUAGAUAGAGGACCUUCAACGCUUAAUGUUCAAGCAGAACAAAGAAAACACCCAAGCUGGCCUAGACUUGACCGUAGCAACAGCAAGGGGUAUAUGAAGCUUGAGAAUAAAGAAGACCCUAUGGACAGGUUGAUUGUACCCCAAGCACCACCACCAAAAAAGGACUUCACAAACAAGGAGAAACUGCUUAUGAUCUCAAGAUCACACAAUAACUUGAGUUUUGAACAUGACGAGUUCUUGAGUAAUAAUCUUAAGAGAGGUACAUCAGAAACCAGAUUUUGAAUUUCGGUUUGGUUCUUUUCUCUCCUGUAUAAAAUGGAAUUUGGAAAUAUUCAGACUUUUGACAAUUGUUAAGAUCAUUUAAUUUGUGUUUUGGUUAUCAAAUAGGGAAAAACAUGCUCAUGUCCAGUAUGUAUACAUCAUUAUUAUUACUUUUAGUCUUGUCUUGCUGCCACUUAUUUGGUUACGAACACAUCUUUGCUAUUUUAGCUCUGGAAAUAAGACUGUUAUGAAACAGCCGACCAAACUUCUCCCUAGUUAAAUUCUCCUGCCUGAUCUGACAUUGGCCAUUGAGAGGUGCAAGGUGUAUAAGGUGUUACAGGUGCCAAGGCAACUAUACUACACCCUGGGAGUCUUGUACAUGGACACAAGAUUCUAUGAAUGCCACCAGGACCACCCAGGGCUUCUCCAUGCCCAAUGUCACAUUGAGCACAAUGAUUAAAAUGAAGAGAUACUUUAGAAGUCCAUCUUAUUUAAAGGAAUGUCCAUCGACCCCAGUUAUUGUUAUCUAUCUGAUUUACAAUACUUUAAGCAGAACAUGGGUUCAACAACUCAUUUUAAAAUUCCAGAAGCUGAAAAUGCAAUUCUUCGGAUUGUGGACCAUUACAAAUAAUAUGUUUUCAUUGAAAAACUUUGCUGUUUUAAUUUUUUUCCAACAAAUCCAAAAUAACAUAUAAAGGGAAUCUGUCAUCAGUUUAGCCCACACUAGCCUGUCAGUACAGGUGUGUAGUGCGGAAGACACUGAUGAUAAUGAUAGUUAUCUACCCUCUGUGGUCCCGUGCACUCAAUAUCAUUUUUGCUUGGGCAGGAGGCUUAUUGUUUGGGAAUGGGGGUAGGUAAGUAUCAUUAUCAUCAGUGUCACCAACACUACACACCUGUACCAACAGGCUAGUGUGGGUAAAACUGAUGACAGUUUCACUUUAACGUAAGGCUUUGUACCCUUAGAUGGUACCCUUAGCUUUGUACCCUAGUAUCAUCAAGAAUAAUAUGGCAAUGAGGUCAAAGGAAAUCCUUACUGUGAAGUGUUUAGUGUGUUCGUGAAUAUUACCAAAUCCUUUUAUAUAGGUAUUUUUAUGACCUUAUUACAUAAAAUGUUCUUUUAAUCAUUCAUACAUACAUGUCUUUUUAUUGGUGUAGAGGUAUAUUUUUUUUUUCUACUGGUAGAUGUUACUCAUUGUGACUAUAUGAAUAAGUCAGUGAUUCAUCUAGUUUGGGUAAGCCAAAGAAAUGUUCCCAUGGAAUCUUAUAACUUUCAUUAACACCUAUAUGGACAUAUGCCGUACCAAAGGCACAUUGUAAACACUUAAAGACUUUCUACUUAGUUUCUUCUUACAAGGAUUGCUUACUUUGUUAUGGCUCAUAUGUAACCAGAUUUAAAUGUGGAAAUGACAAAUUCUAAUCUUUUUCAGAAAACUACAGUAUGGAGGACUCAUUUUUUUUACAUUUCUUAUAUGUUGCCUUUUUUGUUUUUUGUGUUUUAAACAAAAUUGAAAAGUACAGUGUAAUGCAAUCUAUCAGACAUGAAGUAAUAUAUGUACAUUUAAAUUAAUGGUUUUAAACUCCAUGUACUUCAGACUUAUAUUGAAAUAUGUUGCUGAUAUUGUUCUAUGUGAAGAGUGUUUAGAGUAGCAUAGACAAUAAAAAAAAUACAUUUCUAAGAUUGAUCUACUAAGUAUAAAAGAGUAUUCAGUAUAGAUAAAUGUCAUUUUUUUUCCAUAAAAUACAGUUUAUAACAGAGUAUCAUUAUUACAGUUGAGCAAACUGAAUCCAGCAAACUUGAAUUUGGCAUGAAUUUAAGGAAAAGUUCGGUUCGACGUGAAGGCAAGCUUUGGUUGGCUCGUUUUAGCCAAAGCUGGUAAAAAAUGCAUUGGUACCAUGUGAGAAUAGAAGAAGGAAGGAGGAACACAUGGUCUCAGGCUAGCCCAGAUUACUUUAAAAGUAGGAAAAAGAGCACAUGAUCUCAGGUUAGCCAAUAAUGCCUUGCAUACAGCUCCCAGCAAAUCAUGAGGCAGAAUAGGGAUGGUCAGAGGCAUCAGAUGAGCCGAUGCAUGCAGCUGUAGUGACAAUUUUAGGGAGAACAGUUGUAAGGAGCAGACAGUGUGCUACAUUUGUUCUGUCAGAGUAAAAUCUGUGUCAUUUUUAAGUGUGCCAGUUUUUUUCUUUUUUUAAGUGUGCAAGUUUUCUUGUGAUAAGCUCAGGGGACAAAGCAGGGAAAACAAAGUUUUUUUGUCACUUUAGUUCACUGUUGUUUAACCCCUUAAUGACACAGGAUGUAAAUGUACGUCCUGGUGAGCUGGUAUUUAACGCACCAGGAUGUACAUUUACAUCCUACACAUAACCGCGAGCAUCAGAGCGAUGCUCGGGUCAUGCGCAGCAGGUCCCUGGUGCUAAUAGCAGCUGCACGGACGUCGGCCAUUAACCCCUCAGAUGUCGUGAUCAACACAUAUCACGGCAUCUGCAGCAUUAAGGUCACUAAAAUGGAUGAUCUGAUCGCCUGCAGCACUGCCGUGGCGAUCUGAUCAUCCAGAACAGCAGACGGAGGUCCCCUCACCUGCCUUCCACGGGUCUUCUGCUCUGGUCUGAGAUCGAGCAGACCAAAGCAGAAGAUCACUGAUAACACUGAUUAGUGCUAUGUCCUAUGCAUAGCACUGAACAGUAUUAGCAAUCGAAAGAUUGCUAUAAAUAGUCCCCUAUGGGGACUAUUAAAGUGUAAAAAUAAAAGUAAAAAAAAGUUUUUUAAAAAAAGGAAAAACCUCUCCCCUAAUAAAAACACAAAUUGUCCCAUUUUCCCUAUUUCACCCCCAAAAAGUGUAAAAAAAAAUGUAAUGUACGUAUUUUUUGUCGCCACGUGCGUAAAUAUCCAAACUAUUAAAAUAUAAUGUUAAUGAUACCGUAUGGUGAAUGGCGUUAAUGUAAAAAAAAAAAAAAGAAAGUCCAAAAUUGCUGCCUUUUCAUAACAUUUUAUUCCCCCAAAAAUUUAUAAAAAAAUUAUUAAAAGUUUCAUAUUAGCAAAUAUGCUAUGAAUAAAAAUUACAGAUCAUGACGCAAAAAAUGAGCCCUUAUACCGCCGCUUAUACGGAAAAUAGGUCUUAUAGGUCUUCAAAAUAGGGGGAUUUUAAACAUACUAAUUUGGUUAAAAAGUUUGCGAUUUUGGGUAUCAUUUUAAUCGUAUUGACCCAAAGAAUAAAGAACAGUUGUCAUUUUUACCGUAAAUUGUACGGCGUGAAAACGAAACCUUCCAAAAUUUGCAAAAUUGCGGUUUUCUUUUUAAUUUCCCCACACAAAUAGUAUUUUUUUGGUUGCGCCAUACAUUUUAUGGUAAAGUGAGUGAUGGCAUUACAACGGACAACUGGUCGCGCAAAAAACAAGCCCUCAUACUAGUCUGUGAAUGAAAAUAUAAAAGAGUUAUGAUUUUUUGAAGGCGAGGAGGAAAAAACGAAAAUGUAAAAAUAAAAUAGUCCUUAAGGCCCAAAUUGGCUGAGUCCUUAAGGGGUUAAGCAUGGAUUCAAGCGUGACUUUUUUUGUAGUGGCACGUUAAUAGGUGGGUAAAAUUAUUUAAAAAAUUGUAUUUAUUUUUUGGCGGGGGGGGGGGGGGAGUUUUGCAGAAGUUGUUUAAUUGCAUAUUAAAGUAGUAUUGCAUGACUUCUGCAGACACAUUGUUUAACAUUAAAGUGUGCCAGUUCUUCUUAAUGACACAUGAAUAGGUGCAAAAAAGUUUUGUCACUUAUUAAAACUUAAAAAAAAUAUACUUAGUAUAUGAAAUGUUGGGAAAGGACAGGGAAGAGAACAGAACACCCUUGACACGUCAUCUGAGAAUAAACAUGUUGGUGGCAGCAGAAAUGUGCCUAGGCCUAGUAUUAGUAGUAGUAGCAGCCAUGUGGCUGGUAGUAGUAGCAGCAUCAGCAAGCCAGAAUUGUCCAUCUGCUCCAGGGGAUGUGUUGUUUUGGAGGUUGCUUGCAUUGUUGACUGGUUGGCUAAUUCUCAAUCCAGAAGUAAUUGUAUACAUUCCUACAUUCCUAAAAAUUUUAUUCAGGGCUUUUAGACCUCAAACUUAUUCGGUCCACACCAAUUAUUAUUUUUUGCCAAAAUUCAGCAAACCUGCCAAACCGAACUUUUUCUUAUCUAUAAUCAUUAUGUUUACUUACACCAAAUACAGUUUUUUGAAAAGGAGCAUGCUGCCACCUUGAUUUCCACUCAAGGGCUGGUCCUGCAGGACUUUUGCUAAUGGGAUGGGUGUUCUUGCUGUGAAAAAGGGCAGGAACUCAGUUCCCACACAUUCCUGCAGGACUUGAGCCCUGGUUACAUCCAAGAAUUGCUCCUCGCCAAAUGUAUUGGAGUCAUCACUGGACAUUUUUAGACAAUACCAUAGGUGUCAUUUUAACAUACAGUGAAAAGCACAAUUUCCUUUAGCCUCUGUACAUACAGAUUUCUUGUACAUUUAGCAAUUACUGCCAUUUUACGUAGCCCCUACACUUUUUCAGGUUUGAAAGAAGUUGGAAAAUAGUAUUUAGCCAAAUCAAGAACUGUUUUGAAAGGUAACUGUAUUAUUAUCAAAUUUUACAAUAGAGAGACGCCUUUAUGAAUGUAAAUACAGGGGGUCGUCGAUGAAAAACAAUAGUACCACUCAAGAACAAAAAAGCCAAAUUAGACUUUGUAAGAAAACAUCUAGAAAAAAGCUACUUAAUUCUAGAACCCUGAUGAAAGAAAGAUUAUCUUGUCGGUAAAUAAAUGUAUAUAUAUAUAUAUAUAUAUAUAUAUAUAUAUAUAUAUAUAUAUAUAUAUACUGAUGUAUAUAAUGGUUUUGUUAUCAAUCCACAGUAGUGGUGUACAGAAGGCUAAAUUAUGAAAAUUGUGUCCCUGUCCAAAUGCUUUUAGACCUUAAUAUACAUGGUUAGAAACUAUGACGUUUAUGUCAUUAACUCGAUAAGGUAUAUUUACAAAUUUCUGACAUAAAAAAUGUUUCUUUUUUUUUUUCAAAAUGAUUAUUGUUAGUAAGUUCUUUGAUAUGUUUAAUAUGUUCUUUCUUAUAGAUCUUUGUACUAAUAUUUUUAUGUGUUGCAAUUUUGGAAUCUGUCUUUGUGAGGUUUAAUACAUACUACUAGUGCCUCUAUUCGAUACAGGGUUAACAUCAGCAUUUAGAACCUUUAAAUCUUAAAAUUUACUGGAUCAUGGCAGCAGCAAGCAUUCCAUAUUUUAUAAAAACAAGAAAUGUCCUAGGUAUGGUCUUGGCUCCCUACCCCUUUGUGCUGCUAAAUUCAAGUGUAGGUUUAUUUUCUCAAAUUUGUCUAUGUCCCAUCCUGAUUGGCCAAAUAACCAUCUGAUUGUUCAUGUAGAUUUAUUAUAUGAGUUCUUGCAAGCUUAAUGUGAUUGGAAUAUGACUAACAUCCCUAAUAGGACCUGUUGGUACCCAUCUUCUGAAUAACUUUAUUGUUUUGCCAUGUCUAUGAAGUUGGUUACUAGGCAAGCUAUUUGGAAAAAUUUAAAGGCAGUGUGUAUUUACUAAAUUGUGUAAAUGGAAGUGUACAGUAGACUUACAAAUGCACUGUGCUCCAAAAAGAAAAUAAUUUCCUCUCAAGUAUUCAGCAGCUAAUAAGUACUGGAAGGAUUAAGAUUUUUUAAUUUACAAAAAGUAAUUUACAAUAAAGUAAUUUACAAAUCUGUUUAACUUUCUGGCACCAGUUGAUUAAAAAAAAGUCUUCCAACGGAGUACCCCUUUAACGGAGUACGCCCUCAGCCCACUCCCUUUCUAUAAUAGCGUCAUAGCGGGUCGGGCCCAACCUCUAACAACAGCCGGGACCCGCAGAUAAUAGCGUGCGGUACUGAUUGCAGUGCCGCACGCUAUUAACCCUUUAGACGCGGCGUUUAAAGUUUAAUGCCGCAUCUAAAGUGAAAGUAAAGCACUGCCGGUUAGCUCAGGGGGCUGUUCGGGGUCGCCACGAUGAAAUUGCGGCAUCCCGAACAGCUGUAAAGACAGCAGGAGGGUCCCUACCUUCCUCCAUGCUGUCCGAUCGCCGAAUGACUGCGCAGUGUCUGAGAUCCAGGCAUGAGCAGUCAAGCGGCAGAAUCAUUGAUCAAUGGUUGCCUAUGAUAAACCAUUGAUCAAUGUAAAAGAUCAGUGUGUGCAGUGUUAUAGCCCCCUAUGGGAGAUAUAACAUUGCAAAAAAAAAGUUUAAAAAAAAGUGAAUAAAGAUCAUUUAACCCCUUCCCUAAUAAAAGUUUGAAUCACCUCCCUUUUCCCAAUAAAAAAACCUGUGUAAAUAAAAAUAAACAUAUGUGGUAUCACCGUGUGCGGAAAUGUCCGAAUUAUAAAAAUAUAUCGUUAAUUAAACCGCACGGUCAAUGGCGUAUGCGCAACAAAAUUCCAAAGUCCUAAAUAGCGUAUUUUUGUUCACUUUUUAUAUCAUGAAAAAAUGAAUAAAAAGUGAUCAAUAAGUCCGAUCAAUACAUAAAUGGUACCACUAAAAAAUUCAGAUCACGGCGCAAAAAAAUCAGCCCUCAUACCACCCCAUACGCAGAAAAAUAAAAGUUAUAGAGGUCAGAAGAGGACAAUUUUAAACGUAUAAAUGACAAAAUCAAACCUAUAUAAGUAGGGUAUCAUUUUAAUUGUAUGGACCUACAGAAUAAAGAUAAGGUGUCAUUUUACCAAAAAAUUUACUGCGUAGAAACGGAAGCCCCCAAAAGUUACAAAAUGGAAUUUUUUCUUCAAUUUUGUAGCACAAUGUUUUUUUUUCCGUUUCGCCGUAGAUUUUUGGGUAAAAUGACUGAUGUCAUCACAAAGUAGAAUUGGUGGCGCAAACAAUAAGCCAUCAUAUGGAUUUUUAGCUGCAAAAUUGAAAGGGUUAUGAUUUUUAAAAUGUAAGGAGGAAAAAACGAAAGUGCAAAAACUGGAGAACCCUCUGGAGGAUGAUGUCACAGUGUCUUGAAGUAUAAUAAUAAUACUCUAUGGGCAUAAUAUAAAGCUUUCAUUCAUCAGUUCAUUUUACUGGCCAUUCUCUGAAAAAAAAUCAUUAAGGCAAUGUUUACACACUGUUGAAAAACAAGGCUGUCUUUGUAGCCAAUUUUGGGAAAAUGGGCACAAAAAAACUAUCACUUAAAUAGGCUGAAAAAGUAAAAAAGCUGAACUUACCAGCUGCAAUUCUGACAGCUCCCGAUUCCUGUUGCUAACCGCUUUUUGACCUUCUCAAAUGUCAGCGAUUGGGGAAGGGAGUACUACUUUUUUUUGCUUUAAAAAUAAUUAAUAUUUAUUAUUAUUAAUUAAUAAUAAUUACUAUACGGUUGGUAGUUUUGUACAACUGAACAAAGUAAAAUGUCUGUCUAAAGUGGGGCCUGGUCUAUGAUUUUAUUGAUGAGAUAUCAGUCUGUUAUUUAUCAUGAACUACUUUCCGACCAGAGCACCAAAGACAGGCUGGCAUAAUAGUUGAACAUAGACCUAUUGCAACUGCAGGAAGUGCUUUACCUUGUUGCAUGGAUGUCAAGGGAUAAUCUCUAAAGUGUCAUUUUCAGGUAAUGUAGGAGUAUAAAAUAUUUUAGAGAAAUAUCCCUAUCCUAUUAUAUUGUAACUUUUUUUUCUUCUUUUUGAAAUAGAUACCUUAACCCCUUCAGGACCAUGGGUUUUCUAUUUUUUGCACUUUCAUUUUUUCCUCCUCGCUUUCUAAAAAUCAUAGCACUUUCAGUUUUCCACCUACAGACCCAUAUGAGGGCAUGUUUUUACGCCACAAAUUUUACUUUGUAAUACCAUCAAUCAUUUCACCACAAAAUUUAUGGUGAAACCAGAAAAAAAAUAUUUGUGAAGCAAAAUUGAAGAAACACAAACCCAUUUUGUUACUUUUGGGGGCUUCUUUUUCUACACAGUGCACUUUUUGGAAAAACGGCCACCUUAUCUUUAAUCUUUGGGUCCAUAUGGUCACAUAAUCACAAAAUGUUAUUUUACUAAAAUUAGUUUGUUUAAAAUUGUCAUGUUCUGACCCCUAAAACUUUUUUAUUUUUUCCGCAUAUGUGGAUGUAUGGGGCUCAUUUUUUGCGUCUUGAGCUGAAGUUCUUAUCAGUGCCAAUUUUGUUUUGAUGGAACUUUUUGAACGCUUUUUAUAAAAAAAAUUUAGGGUAUACAAAGUGACCAAAAAUAUUUUCUUUAUGUGUACGCCAUUGGCCAUGUGGUUUAAUUAAUGUCAUAUUUUUAUAGUUUGGACAUUUGCGCACAUGGCGGUAUCACAUAUAUUUAUGUUUUGUUUACAUUUUUUUUCAAACAUUUAUUAGGGAAGGGGUUAAUUCACAUUUAUUAACUUGCUUUUUUUAAAACUUUUUUUGUCACAAUUUUAUAGUCCCUAUAGGGGAAAAUUAUAUGCAAUCUUCUGAUUGCAUACACUGCUCAAUGCUAGGCCAUAGCAUAGCAUUGAUCAGUGUUAUCGGUGCUCGAUUGCUCCAGGCUGCUAAGACUGCCUGGAGCAACCUAGUAAUGAUCGGAUGGCAAGAAGGCAGGUAAGGGCCCUCCUGCUGUCCUCUAAGCUGAUCGGGUCACUGCGGUUUCACCGCUGUGGUUCCGAUCAGCUCCGCUUAGCUGCCUGGAUAAUUUUGAUCAACGUUGAUCGCAGUGUCUAAGGGGUUAAUACUGGACAUCACACCUAGGGUUUUGUGCACUGAGGACAAGCAAGGCUCUGCGCACUGAUGACACACAGUGUUUUGUGCACUGAGGACAAGCAGGGCUCUGUGCAGUGAGGACAAGCAGGGCUCUACAGUGAGUACAAGCAGGGCUCUGUGCAUUAAGGACAAGCAGGGCUCUGUUCAGUAAGGACAAGCAGGGCUCUGUGCACUGAGGACAAGCAGGGCUCUGCACCCUGAUGACAAGCAGGGCUCUGUACACUGAGGACAAGCAGGGCUCUGUGUACUGAGGACAAGCAGGGCUCUGUGCACUGAGGACAAGCAGGGCUCUGUACACUGAGGACAAGCAGGGCUCUGUGCACUGAGGACAAGCAGGGCUCUGUGCACUGAGGACAAGCAGGGCUCUGUGCACUGAGGACAAGCAGAGCUAUGCACCCUGAGGAUAAGCAGGGCUCUGCGCACUGAGGACAAGCAGGGCUCUGUGUACUGAGGAGAAGCAGGGCUCUGUGCAGUGAGGACAAGCAGGGCUCUGUACACUGAGGACAAGCAGGGCUCUGUUCACUGAGUCUCUAUGACACGUUCCCAGCUCACACAUCAGGAUAUUUGACAAGCCAGGAGCCUGCACAGAGCCCUGCUUGUCCCACCCUCACUUCCUGUAUUUGGUCUCCUCAUAGAGACACAGACAAUAGCUUUAGGCACAGCAUUUUUUUCACCCCAAAAUAUAAUUUUUUAAAUCAAUGUAUAUUACAAAUAUACAUAUAAUGGUAUUAUCUACAUUAUAUCAAACAGUUUUGUUAACAACAUGUACACUUUAAAUAAACAGGUUUAAAUUAAUAGUGUCCAGAAUUAACUACUAUGUGGUAAUGCAUACCUCAGUAUAGUGCUUUCCCAUUUUACUAAUCCAAAACAGAAACACACAUGUGACUAUGGAAAUAAUCUAAAGGGGCAGGAGUAUGGAAGGAAAAAGCAAGGAUAGGUAUAAAUUACCAAAUAACUCAUAUCUCAGCUUCACUACAGUCAAAAAUGAAUGUAGCUUAGGAUCAACUUAUAUUUUAAUAUGUCCUUUAUUUACUGUUUAUUGGGUAAAGAGGCUAUCCCGGAAUAGAAAAACACAACUCAUUUCUUUCAAGAACAGCUCCACAUCUGUCUCUAAAUUGGGUGAGGUUUUACAACUUGGCUCCAUUUACUUCAAUGGAACUGGGCUGCAAAACCACACCCCACCUGGAGACGGACGGGGAGCUGUUUUUGAAAGAAAUUCCUGGAUAAUCCCUUUAACAAACAGUAGUCACACAAAAUUCCUUAUUCAAAUUUUGCUCAAAUGAAAAAAAAAUUAUUCGUUAUGUGUAGUUUACAUCUGUAUUCCCAAUUGACAUAGGAGCUGAAAAUAAAAAUGAAGAAGUGCCAUAUCAAUUGCAUAAUUGCAUUAUACAGACAUAUAAUCGGAUCUACAAGGUUCUGUUAUCAUGCUUGUUCUUUUGUUAGGAAGUAUAGUGCUGCAUCCUGUGAAAUUCUUCCCAUCCGAUAUAACAAAAUCUGCCAACACAAAUGUGAACAGAACUCAAAGUUUCAAGACUCAAAGUUUUGCACUAGGUAUGUUGUUUCCAUAUUUUGCUUUCAUUCUGUUUAGUAGAUACAAUCACAUAAUCCUUGGAGUUUUGAAAGUGUUGUAAACAAAAUACUCAGGUAUUCCGCUGUUUUCAUCUUUUUCAUUUUUCUUUGAAUCCAAGCCAGUUGGUGAAAAAAUAAAAAUACUGACCUCAAUGUGUUAAUGUGCCCUAAAAACCAUAAAAACAGUACUUCAUACAUUAAAUAUGAAGGAUAUUAAACAAAAAUGUAUAUAGUAAACACAGUUAUAAUAUAGAGAAAUAAAGAAUAAAAUAAUGAAAUAUGUACUUCCUUCAAACCAGCAAGAAGCAUAUAUUUUUCAUGGCUUUAAUCUUGUACGUUGAUAUGUAAUCAUUUACUUGAUGGAUUAUACUGAUUUUACGGUAUGCUGUUGCUGCUGCUGUAGAUAAGGCUUUCUAGUUGGCAUAAAGAGAGAACCAUAGGACCACUAAUCUGAGUCCAUGGAGCUUGCUGCUGAAGGGACACUUCUGUCGAUAAGGGAUAAUUUUUAUUAACCUCAAUAUUGCUAGAAAACAUUUUUUUAGAAUAUUUGACCUUUUGUAUGUUAACAGUAUUAUGCUUUUAAAAAUAAAUAAAAAAUAUUUAUUCAUAGUCAGCAGUCAUAUUUAACCCAACCUGCCACAGAGUAAACUCAUUAUUAUGGUAGAUGGAGGAUUUUAAUAACAUGAUAGGUCCAGAUAAACAUGGCAUUGACAGACAGGGGUAAUGGCAAGUGAAGUGGAAAAAAAUGAAGAAUGAAAAAUAUAGAAUGUUUAAUAGGGUGUAUGUUUUAAAUGACUUUAACCCCUUAAGGACCGGAGGUUUUUCCGUUUUUGCAUUUUCGUUUUUUGCUCCUUGCCUUUAAAAAAUCAUAACUCUUUCAAAUUUACACCUAAAAAUCCAUAUGAUGGCUUAUUUUUUGCGCCACCAAUUCUACUUUGUAAUGACGUCAGUCAUUUUGCCCAAAAAUCUAUGGUGAAGCGGGAAAAAAAAUCAUUGUGCGACAAAAUUGAAAAAAAAAACGCUGUUUUGUAACUUUUGGGGGCUUCCGUUUCUACGUAAUACAUUUUUCGGUAAAAAUGACACCUGAUAUGUAUUCUGUAGGUCCAUACGAUUAAAAUGAUAACCUACUUAUAUAGGUUUGAUUUUGUCGGACUUCUGGAAAAAAUCAUAACUACAUGCAGGAAAAUUAAUACGUUUAAAAUUGUCAUCUUCUGACCCCUAUAACUUUUUUCUUUUUCCGUGUAUGGGGCGGUAUGAGGGCUCAUUUUUUGCGCCGUGAUCUGAAGUUUUUAACGGUACCAUUUUUGCAUUGAUAGGACUUAUUGAUCAUUAAGUCAUCAUUUUUAAAUUAUAUAAAAAGUGACCAAAAAUGCACUAUUUUGGACUUUGGAAUUUUUUUGCGCGCACGCCAUUGACCGAGCGGUUUAAUUAAUGAUAUAUUUUUAUAAUUCGGACAUUUCCGCACGCGGUGAUACCACAUAUGUUUAUUUUUAUUUACACUGUUUUUUUUUUUUUAUUGGAAAAGGGGGGUGAUUCAAACUUUUAAUAGGGGAGGAGUUAAAUGAUCUUUAUUCGCUUUUUUUUUUCACUUUUUUUUGCAGUGUUAUAGCUCCCAUAGGGACCUAUAACACUGCACACACUGAUCUUCUAUGUUGAUCACUGGUUUCUCAUAAGAAACCAGUGAUCAACGAUUCUGCCGCAUGACUGCUCAUGCCUGGAUCUCAGGCACUGAGCAGUCAUUCGGCGAUCGGACAGCGAGGAGGCAGGAAGGGGCCCUCCCGCUGUCCUGUCAGCUGUUCGGGAUGCCGCGAUUAGCCGCGGCUAUCCCGAACAGCCCGACUGAGCUAGUCGGGAACUUUCACUUUUAGCCGCGCGGCUCAGCUCUGAGCGCGCGGCUAAAGGGUUAAUAGCGCGCGGCGCCGCGAUCGGCGCUGCGCGCUAUUAGAGGCGGGUCCCGGCUCCACUAUGACGCCGGGCCCGCCAUGAUAUGACGCGGGGUUACUGUGUAACCCCGCGUUAUAUCAGAAGAGCAGGACCAAGGACGUACCGGUACGUCCUUGGUCCUUAAGGGGUUAAAGGGGUACUCCGGUGGAAAACUUUUUUUUUUUUAAAUCAACUGGUGCCAGAAAGUUAAACAGAUUUGUAAAUUACUUCUAUUAAAAAAUCUUAAUCCUUCCAGUACUUAUUAGCUGCUGAAUACUACAAAGGAAAUUAUUUUCUUUUUGGAACACAGAGCUCUCUGCUGAAUCACGAGCACAGUGCUCUCUGCUGACAUAUCUGUCCAUUUUAAGAACUGCAAAGAGUUGGAGAAAAUCCCCAUAGUAAACAGAUGCUGCUCUGGACAGUUCCUAAAAUGGACAGAGAUGUCAGCAGAGAGCACUGUGCUCAUGAUGAGCUGUCAGCUGAGAGCUCUGUGUUCCCAAAAAAAAUUUCCUCUGUAGUAUUCAGCAGCUAAUAAGUACGGGAAGGAUUACGUUUUUUUAAUAGAAGUAAUUUACAAAUCUGUUUAACUUUCUGGCACCAGUUGAUUUAAAAAUAAAAAGUUUUCCAACAGAGUACCCCUUUAAAGUCAUUUACUUGGAAAACACAGAAUAUAUUUUGGAACCAUGGUAACACGCGGUACACAAAAUCCACACACCAUUUCAUACUAUGUUGACUAUGUUGACUAGUGUGAGGAGCUGAGGUACAGGUGUGGGGCACAAGAGAAGAAAUAGUUUACAUGAGUGAAUUUUAAAUGUAAAAUCACAAAUACAUGACAAAAAAUGACAAAUAUUAGUUAAAGUGGUACUCCGUUGCUAGACAUCUUAAUAAGAUAGGGGAUAAGAUGUCUGAUGGGGUUCCUGAUGCUGGGACCCCCUGAGAUCUCUGUGCAGACACCCAGUGUUCUGAAUGCUAGGUUUGGGAGGCUGUGGUUGUGACGUGACGCCACCCCCCCUCAUGACAUCACACCACACCCCCUCCUGCAAACAGACUUUCCUAUGGAUAUUACUCAUUAAUGUUUAAAAAGAAAAAACAUUUCAACAGAAGUGUCCCUUUAAACACAGUACAAAGAGGAGGUCACUGUUGAAUUUAAAGGGAUAAAAGAGUUUUAUUCUAAGGAUGUUAGACAACAAAUAUGAUGCUCACUGCUAGAAAAUAUAUAGGGAAUAAUUGUAUGUGAAAAAAUCAUUUGUGACUCUAACUGUACAACAUGUCUUAUGUAACAAUUUGGAGCUGACAACCUUAUCUUACCAUUUAAAUGACAUUUGUAUCAAUUUAAUAAAAUAAACAUUCUUAAAAGCAGUAUUUCCAAUGAAAAUGAAGACAUUGUUAUUUGCUUAAACAGAAGCCUAUUGUAAUAUACUAACUUUACCUAAUAUUUUAUUAAUGAAGAUUUCAAUAUACAUAUGUUUUGUGUUAUUAAUACAUUUGCUAUUUUUGAAAAAUAUAUUAAUAAAUUUAUUGUUCCAGCUAU